UACAUUAUUAUUUAUUGUUCAUUAUAGACCCCACCCAGUAUUCUCAGGACUGGUCACUAGAGGCAGGGUGGGUAGCUGAAGAGGGUAAGUCCCUCCUCCCUCCUAAAGUAAUGGAGCGUGUUGAUCUCAUGGGCUGCUACCAUGCACUGUUACUGACCUGUCUAUUGAAGGCGGGGUUCUUCACAUCGCUGGUGGAAGUGGUUAAACUACCUGAUCAACACAUCGCUGUAAUGACUGCUGUACUAAUGGGGCAGCUGCUACAUAUGGCUAAUUCUAUUCUUCCUCCGGAAUAUUUUUGUUUUUCUUUGAAAUUGCCCGACCUCAUAGCAGCUGCAAUGUCACCUGAUGAACAGGGAGAGAGAAAUCGUGCUUCAGAGGUUAUCAAUUGUUUGGAUCGUAUCCAUCAAAUGAAGAAACAGCCGGUCAAACCAUCCAGCCUCUAUCUUAAACUAACACUAGAACAAGCUGGUUAUUUUUCAGGUAAAGGUAGAAGUCACAAUAACCUCAUGCACAAUGUCCACAUAUCCAAUGAGAUGGAUGACCUCACUCUCCAGUCUCAUAUUCGUGAUACCCUGGUACUCACUAACCCGAGGGAGUACCCCUCCUGGGACUGGAACCUCAUACUGUCACUGCUUCAUGUGAGUGGACACUGCCAGUAAUAAUGAAUGAACCCU